GCUUCUUCACUCAGACAGAGAUCCUAUUCCAGAUGUUCCAGCCAUCUACUUCCUGAUGCCCACAGAGGAGAACAUCGACAGGAUUUGUCAGGAUCUGAGGAACCAGCUGUAUGAGUCGUACUACCUGAACUUCAUCUCUGCCAUCAGUCGGAGUAAACUGGAGGAUAUUGCCAGCGCUGCUCUGGCGGCCAACGCAGUCAGCCAAGUAACCAAGGUGUUUGAUCAGUACCUGAACUUCAUCACCCUGGAGGAUGACAUGUUUAUCCUGUGCCACCAGAACAAGGAGCUCAUCUCCUACCACGCCAUCAACAGAUCAGACAUCCAGGACACGGACAUGGAGGCCAUCAUGGACACCAUCGUAGACAGCCUGUUUUGCUUCUUUGUGACUCUGGGUGCUGUGCCGAUCAUCCGAUGCCCCAGAGGAAACGCUGCAGAGAUGGUGGCCAUGAAGCUGGAUAAAAAGCUGCGUGAGAACCUGCGAGAUGCCAGAAACAGUCUGUUUACUGGGGACAGUAUGACUGUUGGACAGUUCAGCUUCCAGAGACCCCUCCUGGUUUUGGCAGACCGUAACAUGGACAUGGCCACGCCCCUUCACCACACCUGGACCUAUCAGGCCCUGAUCCACGAUGUCCUGGACUUCCAUUUGAACAGGGUGUUGAUGGAGGAGGGCGGGGGGGCCGAUCCAUCUCACGCUGGUGCCAGACCAAAGAAGAAGACCAAGAAGAUGUAUGACCUCACUGCUGCUGAUAAGUUCUGGCAGAAACACAAGGGCAGUCCGUUCCCAGAGGUGGCGGAGUCGGUUCAGGAGGAGCUGGAUGCCUACAGAACUCAGGAGGAUGAAGUGAAACGCCUGAAAAGCAUCAUGGGGUUGGAUGGCGAGGAUGAAGGAGCCAUCAGCAUGCUGUCAGACAACACAGCCAAGCUCACCUCUGCUGUGAGCUCUCUGCCGGAGCUCCUGGAGAAGAAAAGACUGAUAGAUCUUCACACAAACGUUGCCACUGCAGUCCUCGACCACAUUAAGAGCCGUAAAUUGGAUGUUUACUUUGAGUAUGAAGAGAAGCUGAUGAGCAAGUCAACCAUAGAUAAAUCUCUGCUGGACAUCAUCAGCGACCCAGAUGCCGGGACCCCAGAGGAUAAAAUGAGACUCUUCCUGAUCUUCUACAUCACUGCUCAGCAGGUUCCUUCAGAGUCUGAUUUGGAUCAGUACAGGAAGGCUCUGCUGGACGCCGGCUGUGACCUUUCACCUCUCAACUACAUCAAACAGUGGAAGGCUUUCACUAAAAUGGCUGCUAACCCCGCUAACUACGGCAACAGUGGAGUCAAACCGAUGGGGCUCUUCUCCAGAGUAAUGAAUACCGGCUCCCAGUUCGUCAUGGAGGGGGUGAAGAACCUGGUGCUCAAACAGCAUAACCUUCCAGUCACCCGGAUCCUGGACAACCUGAUGGAAAUGAAGUCUCAUCCUGAAACAGAUGAUUAUCGCUACUUUGACCCAAAGAUGCUGCGAGGCAGUGAGAGCUCCAUUCCCAGGAACAAGAACCCAUUUCAGGAGGCCAUCGUGUUUGUGGUCGGAGGAGGGAACUACAUCGAGUACCAGAACCUGGUGGACUACACUAAGUCCAAACCAGGGAGGAAGGUGGUUUAUGGCUGCAGCGAGCUCUUCAACGCGGCUCAGUUCAUGAAACAGCUCUCCCAGCUCGGACAGAAGUGACCCGUUCCAUAAAAACAAGCAUCCCGCUUCCUGUCUCACCUGUUUUAUAUCUGCCCUCUUCUGUAAAUGAUUAAACUCAAUGUUUCCAUCUUUGUAAAUUCUGUUAACUCCUAAUAAACCUGUGAAUCAGCUGCU